UCUCCACUCACUUGUCGCCCUCCACUCACUUGUCGCUCUCGUCGCCCUCUCUCCUCCCCUUCGCCUCUCUUCUGCCACCACCUCAACCACUUCGCUGGCCACCACCUCACCCACCUCAUCGGCCACCACCACGACGGCCAGGAGGCCACCAUCUCUCCCCGUCGCCGCCAUCUUUCUUCCGCCUCCACUCACACCCGUCGUCCACUCGCACCUCGCUCCACUCACACCCCGCAUCCGAGAUCGAAGUUUAGAUUUUGCUCCGGCGGCGAGCUUCUUGGCGAUGGAGGCGCCGGAUCCGCGUGCGCCUGCUCUGGAUCUGGCGACGGAGGCGAUUGAUGCGACAUCUGGAGUACACAUGGGCGGCGGCCUGCUCCCCGCCGCGGCAUGGAGGGCGAGGGCACGGUGUGGCGCCGAGGGCGAGCCUGGUGGCAGCGCGGACGUCGACCGAGGAGGCGGUGUACGAGCUGCGGCAGGCCGCGCUGGUGGAGGACCUGUAGGGGCGGCGGGCGCGGGAGGCCGAGAUGGGCAGGCGCCGCGAGUGGCGGGACGAGCAGCUGCCAGCUGGAGCAGGAGGGCGACACCGAGCUCGGCUGGGGCCUCCCGUGCGAUGCCUACGACAGUUGCGGCGAGGUCUGCGCCGAGUACGCCACCUUCUACCUCGCUACUCCACUGAACUACAGUACUGAAGUACUACUUGAACUACUACAGUAUUGCUUCCAAUUACUGGAGUAGCAAGUGCAGCAGUUGUGUACUGCUCUUGUCUAGCAGUGUAGGAAUUUAGUGUUCUUCUCCUCUUGUUCAGUAGUGUAAAUGAUCAUGAUCAACAUUGAUACAUUUCUUAACUGAUUUACUCCAUAUUGUCUGCAUUGAUGCUUUCUUCAAAUUUAUGAGGAAUUAAGAUGCAUCACUAAAUUAACUGAAACAUUUUUUGUUAAUUAAGAUGCAUCAUUAAGCAACAGGAGUACUCAUUUGUACUGUAUGUGUGUACUCAUUUAGCUGGAGCACAUGAGCAGUGUACUCAGAAGUAAUCUUGCAUUUUGUUGAUCUGUUUUGUAGCCAACUUCGUAAGAAGAUGUUCAGAGACCCAUGUAGAAUGAUGUUCAUGUUACUCCUAUAGACAAAGACUGAUGUAGACAUGAAGUAGUAAUAGAGACCCACGUACUCCUUGUAUUCAUGUGUGUAGUAAGAAGCAUGUAGUGCACCUUGCCCGCUGCUCUUUUCUUUGCUUUACCUCAGGAUAACACACCAUUGUGAAUAAUACAACAGCCACUAUGAAACUGGAAGCACAUUUUCUUUUCUUGGCUAUGACUGUAAAUUGAAAGUGCCAUUGCUAACUAUCCAAAGCCAACCAUGUUUAAAGAACAAGUGCAGGCUUAACAUACAAUCAAAGCAAGCCAUAUUUGGAUGCCAGAUGUAAAAUGUGGGCUGUAGGCUGCACACUGGACUUGUUGCAGCACAUACACUUACCUCCUUUAUUUCAUUUAACUCCUGAAUUUCAAAUUCUAGUGAUUCCUCAAAUUUUGUUGUACUGUUUAACUGGAUCAAUCAUGUGCAGUUAGUUUCUGUAAUUUGAGGUGAGGAGUACCUGCCUGGAGUGUUGUGUGUGGCGAGGACCAGGCGGGGGCGCAACGAGGAUCAGGCUGGGCAGCGGGGCGGAGACCAAGCUAGGGCGGCGGCAAUGGGGCGGAGGAGGAGGUUGGGCCUGCUGCUAGCGACGGGGAUGAGCAGCUGGACGACAGGGGGAGCCUGGCGGAGGGUCCUUGAUGCGGAGCAUCCUAUGGACAUCACCAUGUCAAGAGUCCAUUUGGCAAGUGACACGUGCCACAUCUACUUCAUGCAUACAAAGGUGAAUCAUCUCCUUUACACGUGUUCACUUGUACCUUUCGAGGAUGGUAUACUACUUGACAUUCCUUUCGUGUGCAUUCAUAGGUAUUGUCGGAUCUUCAAACAUAGCGAGGACGAGUUCAUGCGGAAGAGAACAUCUACACCAUCCAAGAGGGAAGCCUGGAAGCGGAGAAGGAAGCGCCAAGAAGAAGGCAGCAGCUCCCAGGCGCCCCCCUGUGCAUGGGCCCCUUCGACCCCAUGCCCACGGGCCUCCCAGGCUGGCGGUCCUGAAGACCCCGUGCACACGGGCGUGUACCGUACCUACGGGACCCCCGUGUCCACGGGCCUCACGGACCCCGUGCGCACGGGCCCUUGCGUCCGGUCCCUGGAUACCUCGUGCGCACGGGCUCCACUUACCCCGUGCACACGGGCCCCCUGUGUGAUGCUGCGGGCUUUGCCCUUGUUUUACCAUUUCGCCCCCACCUAUUCCCCUCUUUGCCUAGGACUAUAUAUACUCGUUCAUCUCCUCCAUUUAGACUUAGCUAAGAUGAGAUCUAAACACUAGAGCUUAGCUCAUGUACCUCCCCUUGUGGGAUUCCACUCCAUUGGAGUUCAAGACCUCCAUUGGAGAAGAUCCCUAGUGGAUGAAGACCCCCUUGAGGGAAGGAUCU